CGCCAUCCACAACGCAAGACGUCAACAUGCCCGCGAUCAGCUUCAACGACAGCCAGUGGCAGUCGCGCGGCGACAUGGAGCUACAGAUCAGUGCCGACGGCGAGAGCGCUGCGCUGCAUUCGCGUGCCCGCCAGGACUGGUGGCGCACGCCGCCGCACUCUGAGCCCGAGUCGGACGUCGACCGACGCACUGGCCCGACACUGACGAGACCAGUUACGGUCAAGCGCUGGACGGCCGGCGUGUGGUUGCACGUCGAGCUUGACGAGCGGUUCAAGCAAGCAGCGCUCUUCGUGCACGCCGGCGAGCCUGGCACGGUGGGCGCCUCGUGGCUCAAACUCGGCAUCGAGAAGGAGGGCGGCCGCGAGAACAUCGGCUGCGUCGUGACCGAUCCCUUCUCCGACUGGUCCACGUCGCCCUCGCCGCACCCGAUGGCCGAGCACUACUGGCUCUACGCCCAAGUGGCCCGCGUCGGGCCAGACGUGCACUGCCACUGGGCUCUGCAACGCGGCUCAGCUGACGGUCCGCCAGCUGGUGUGCCAAAGGAAAGCGAACUCGUGCAGGCCAGAGAGGUGCGCGGCUUUGCGCUCUCUGCGGCCGAGGAGCCCUGGCACGUCGGCAUCAUGGCGUGCGGCCCGCUCUCAGAGCAGACGAGGGCCACAUUCGCGCACUUCCAGCUGGACGAGCAAUGAGACGUGCAAGCUUCAUUCAUGCAUUCGACAG